AGCAAAACAAAAUAAAAUAACACCAAAGCAGAAAAGCGCUGGACCAACGGCACUUUCAAGUGGAAAGGGAAAAAUAAAAAUUAAAUGAAUAUAUGUGUAUAAAUGUAUGUGUGUAGGCACAGCGAUAUAACGCAAACGUAGUGACGACACUUGCCACACCACUUAACCGGGUUGUUGUUGUUGGUGCACAAGUAAAAAUAAUAAAAUAACAUUUUAGUUGCAAAACCAAAAGAAGAAACCGCCGAGCAAACAGAAAAUAAAUAUAAAAGUGCUAAAUCCAUGUGGAGCAAGCGCCCCACCACCGUGUUUUUGGCUAGACGCGUCAAGAAUCUGCGACGACGCGCACGUCUGUAGCGGCGGAGUUUACUUAAAAAAUACAAACAAGUGAAAUUAAGUAAAUAUUUGCUGAGCAAACAAAGAAUUUGGCGAAUAGGACUUGCGACUUGCGACAACUAAUUCGCGCGACGAACGAUUGCGCUCAAAUUAAGUAACGGUAAAUAGCGUGUGAUGUUAAGUUGAGCAAAAAACUUUGAGCGUUAUUUAAAAAAGUAUUAGAAAAGUAAAUAAAAACAAUAAAAAGUAAAUUGGUAAACGUGUUGUGCGCGCUAGUGUCAACAACAUAGUCGUGUGCCGUUAUUGCAAUAAAAACACUUGACUUUCACCCCCUGCAAGCCCCGUGCACAGCAACCAUAACCAUGCAUACGCUCUUCACCGAUCAGAAUUCCUUCUCGCGCCAUUACGCGCAAACCGCCGGCUAUCCCAGCGCGGCCACCGCCGGCGCCAUGACCACAGCCUCAGCUGCGGCCGCGGCACACUAUGCCUACGAUCAGUAUUCGCGUUACAGCUAUCCGGCGAGCGCUUACGGCUUGGGUGCGCCACACCAGAAUAAGGAGAUCGUGAAGCCGCCUUACUCCUACAUAGCGCUCAUCGCCAUGGCCAUACAGAACUCGGCGGACAAGAAGAUCACACUUAACGGCAUUUACCAGUAUAUAAUGGAGCGUUUUCCCUACUAUCGUGACAACAAGCAGGGUUGGCAGAACUCGAUACGUCACAAUCUCAGCUUGAAUGAGUGCUUCGUGAAAGUGGCGCGUGACGACAAGAAGCCCGGCAAAGGUUCAUACUGGACGCUCGAUCCCGAUUCGUAUAAUAUGUUUGAUAACGGUUCGUUUUUGCGACGGCGUCGUCGUUUCAAGAAGAAAGAUGUGCUGCGCGAAAAAGAGGAAGCCAUGAAGCGACAAGCGAUGAUGAAUGAAAAGUUGGCCGAAAUCAAGCCAUUGAAGCUGAUGACUAAUGGCAUUUUGGAUCACAAGCACAUGGCGGCGCAUGCACACUUCAAGAAGGAGCCCAUCAUGGAACUCGGUUGUCUGGCGGGCAAAGAUAUGCACACCGGACUGAGCACCGCCAUGUUGAACUCCUGCCAUGACAGCUUAGCGCAAAUGAAUCAUCUCACCGGCACGGUGGAGCAUGCCGGUUUCACCGUCGACUCACUCAUGAAUGUCUACAAUCCACGCAUACACCACAGCGCCUAUCCGUAUCACCUGAACGAGGACAACUUAGCCGUCGCUUCGACGCAAAUGCAUGCACACCAUGCCGCCGCCGCACAUCACGCCCAGCUGCGUCACCAUCAUGCCGCCCACGUCUCGCAUACGCACCCGCUAACGCCCGGUGGCCACGCCGGUGUGCAGCUGGGCGGCACAACCGCCUUAACAUCUGGCGCCUCACCCACAACGAUCUCAACGCCACAUGGACCGACACAUGGCGGCUGGUAUACACCUGAAACGCCACCAUCCGAGCCGAUUGGUAAUGGCGGCGCUGGUGGCGGCAGCGGUGGUGUCACAAAUGCUGGCGCACCAAGCAAUAAUAAUAAUAACAACAACAAUAGCAAUAACAGUCAUAAUCAUAAUGGUGCGGCAGGUGUGCAUAUCGGCAAUCAGAAUCACGCUUCAGUACUGACCGCUACCAGCAGUCCGUCGGCUGUGAUAGGUGGCGUCGUCACGGGCCACACAUCACUGGGUUUCCGCGAUAUGCUCUUCGAGCAGAAUCAACCAUGUCAAAUGGACACGGGCAGCCCGAAUGGCAGCCUACAGUCAGCCAGUCCACCGGCGAGCGCCAGCGCUGCAGCGGCCUCGGCAGCUGCCGCGGCGUCAGUGAUCAGCAGUCAUCAUCAUCAUCACCACCAUCACCUGAGCGGGAAUCUGGGAAAUUUGGGUAAUCUGAGCAACUUAAGUCAUUACCGUUCGCAUGUGAGCCACUAUCAGGACUAUGGCAUCAAAUAUGGCGUCUAAAUCAGCCAGCAAACUGAGUGGCGCUGAGGUGUGAAACGUGGCGCCGUGCUUGUGGCAGAUCCGGCGUAACGGUACUCCGCUGGUGCAGCACGUGAAGCACGCAUAGUCGGCUAUUACCGUUAUAAAGUAAUGCAUUUAAGUAACUGUCACACUAGUAGAACUUGAAUGGACCGACACGCUUUCGCGUUAGCAACUGUAAUGCAACGAAGUUUAAUUACUUUUAGUAGUCGUUCUCAAUACACAGUCUAAGGUAUACGAAUUUAUAUUCUAAGUGUUAAUAAUAUUAUGCUGUAGGCUUACAUAAAUAGAUAUUUAUUUUUCUUUUUUGCUUUUUGUUUGAAAACAAUAAACACUAGCUUCAAUAUAUUAUACGUACAAUUUUAUAACUGUACAUAUGUAUGUGAUUAUACGAUGGCUAUUGUGCGCGCAAGAGUUACGUGAAAUAAUAUUUUUUAAACAUAAAAAUCAAAAUUUUUAAAAAUAACUAAAUUUUU